UGCUCUGGGUCCCUUGGGGCUCCGGGAUUCGAAGAAUUGCACAACGCGCCUAUGCCAUGUCGUACUCCGUCGGGCCAGCCCAUGGCGCUGCAGCCCCGCGUAGGUAUAUAGCUAACACGGGCCGCCUGCUCGCCUUUCCUCCCCAGCAGUUCCAGCUCGGUACUCGGCUUUGCCCACGCCCCUCGUCAGCCUUCGCGCUCCGCGUAACCCAUGGCUUCUAACGACGGCGUCGAACAGCUGCCCCAGCUCUCUGCUGCCCCUGCGGGUUCUCCCGGCUCGUCUAUCGACGAGAAGGCCGAGCUCAAGGGGGUCCAGAAGCGCCUUAGCUCCGACUCCUCUCUCGACAUCGACAUCAAAGAGAAGCUCGAUGACAAGGCGGAGGACCCCUAUGCUCACGAUGAGGUGGUCUACGUGAGGGGCGAGCCCGUUAUCAGCAGUGGUGCCGACGUCUCUCGCUUCCUCGUUGACACGCGCGACGAUGGGGAUCCGGCCAUCACGUUUCGGUCGAUAGUCAUCGGAACCAUCUUCGCUGGUCUCGGAGCAGCGCUUUAUCAGAUUUAUCUGUUCAAGCCUGUCCAGGUCACUGUGUCCACCGUCUUCCUCUUACUGAUCAUCUGGUCCGUUGGCAUCUUCUGGGCGAAGUACUUCCCAAAGGCCUCGUGGGUUGAGGGAACCCGCUUCGCCUGGCUCGCUCCAACCUUGCGCUUCAUCAACCCAGGGGAAUUCCGUAUCAAGGAGCAUGUUAUCGCUUCCUUGGUUGCGUCCACUGCGGCUGGUGGCAGUAGUGCCGUCAACAAUUUCGCGGUGCAGCGACUGUACUACGGCACGAAUGUGCAGGCACUCACUGCUAUCCUGGCCACGUUCUCCACAGCCUGCUUUGGGUACGGCCUAGUAGGUUUGCUUCGUCCACUCACUGUCUACCCGAGCGAGAUGGUGUACUGGUCGAAUCUUCCUGCAGUCAACAUAUUCCAGUCCCUCCACUUCGAUAGUGCGACGAACCACCAGCGCCUCAAAGUGUUUUGGUCUGCAUUUACGGGCAUGUUUAUAUGGGAAAUCUUCCCCGCGUACAUCUUCCCUCUCCUGAACGGUAUCAACAUCAUAUGCUUGGCGACACAACAUGUGCCGAGCGCGGCUCAGGAUGUCGUCACGAACCUCUUUGGCGGUACGGACGGUAACGAGGGUCUGGGGUUCGCGAGCCUUUCCCUCGACUGGCAAUAUAUUACUUCCACGUUUGUGAGCUUGCCACUCGCACAACAAGCCAACUCGUGGAUCGGAUACGCUGUGUGCUACAUUGCGAUCAUGGGCAUCUACUACUCUGAUGCCUGGAACUCAAAAUCAUUCCCGAUGCUCUCUACCUCGUUGUUCGACCAGAACGGCACGCGCUACAACCAGCACGCGGUCUUCGGUAGCACUUUCACGCUCAAUCAGACCGCGCUGGAAGAGGUCGGUUUGCCCGCGCUCACAGGGUCAAACGCGUGGGCGAACCUGUGCGCAAACCUGUCGAUCGGCGGAUUGAUCGCGCACUGCGUCCUUUUCUGGGGGCCCUAUGUCUGGGAUUCCUUCAAGCAGGCGUAUAACGGGACCCAGCCCGAUCCCCACUGGCAGAUCGUCCGCAAGAACUACAAGGAGGUUCCCUACUACUGGUAUGCUGGCCUGUUGGUCCUCUCGUUCUUCGCUGGCUUGAUCGUCGUGCUCAAGGGCGAGACGACGCUGCCCUGGUGGUCAUACAUCAUCGCACUCAUUCUGGGUGCUUUCGUUGCCCCCUUCUCCAACCUCCUCUUCGCGCGGUUGGGUAACGGCAUUGCAACGAACCAGCUCAUGAAGAUGGUUGCCGGUGCUGUCAACCCUGGAAAGCCCGUCGCGAACCUCUACUUCUCAAUGUGGAGCCACGAUGUCAUCGCGACGUCGAUCAACCUUGCCGGCGACCUCAAGCUUGGCCAAUACUUGAAGAUCCCCCCUCGCGCGAUGUUUGCCACUCAAGUCUGGGGCACGAUCUUGGGCGCAAUCGUCAACUACGUCGUCAUGGUCUCGGUUGUCGAUGCUCAGCGAGACAUCCUGCUUGACCCCAGGGGUACCAACAUCUGGAGCGGACAAGUUCCUCAGAGUUUGAACAGUGCCGCCGUCACCUGGUCGCUGGCUAAGCAGCUCUACGGACCUCACGGGCCGUACAUUUGGAUCCCCCUAGGUCUCGUCUUCGGGUUGGUCCCAACUGCUAUCCAAUGGGCCAUUGCCAAGAAAUGGCCAGUCAUUGGCGGUGUGAAGGUCGACUCCGUCAUCCUCCCCGUCAUCUACAUGUACUCCGCCUGGAUGUCCGCCGGCACGAACUCGCCCAUCUGGUCAUGCAUCAUUGUCGGCCUCGUCUCACAGCUUUGGCUGCGCAGAUACUACCCGGGCUGGUUUAAGAAGUACAACUACAUCGUCGGCGGCGCCUUCGACGGCGGGUCACAGACGAUGAUCUUCAUCCUGUCGUUCGCCGUGUUCGGUGCCUCUGGAGUGCCCAAGCCCUUCCCUGCGUGGGCGGGCAACCCCGCUCAGGGAAACGUGGACUACUGUAACGGUAAUGGGGCUCUGGACUGAAGUGACGGACCUCGGUGGUUCCGUUGUACCAACAGGUGGUUUAUUCUACGAUACUCUGGGUACGAUACUUUUACGGUAUACGGUAUGAUGUCUUACGAUCCUUAUUCCGGGACACGUGCGACGCACGGCUUUCAUGUAAGAAUAACAAGGAAGUGCGCGACUUGUAGAGAUAACGACAUCAGCCGUGCCCGUGGUGGAAGCGAAUUAUGACCCGAGGUGGAUAAAGCGC